AUCAAACGGAACUAGCUGAACUGUCCUGUCGUGGAUGUCGAUAAGCGUGCAUGCCUAUCGAUAUAUCGAUAGAGAUAUAUUUUUUUUGCCACAAAUGUCGCCGAGCUACAUAAUUGUUUAAUAAACAAUUAAUUACUAAUAUAAACAAAAUAGUGCAUAUAGUGUGUGUGAUAUUCAAUCUAAUUGCAAAUACUUUCCAUUGAAUGGCUAACAACGGAACUAGGCGCUGUGGUUAAAGUGACAAUAACAAAAACAAUAACGAAAACAAUAACAACAACAGCACCACCAACAACAACAGCAACAACAAAAACAACAGAGCUAGAGCCACAACGCAAAGGAGAUUGAGAUUCGCAACGCAAUCAAAAAAAAAACAAAAAAAAGCAACAAAAAAUUCCACUAAAACGGAAAAUAACAUACGCUGUGUGUGUGUGAUAGAGAGUGAGGGAGUGGACCAAGGGGGAGGGGGUCGCCGCGCACAUAGCCCAAAGGUGGUUAACAGUAGCAACAAAAACAACAACAACAACAACAACAACAGUGCGAUACUACGAGCGAGACCUUGAAAACUUUAAAAAAAUAGCAACAAAUCCGCUCAAAAAAAUUAACAAAAUACGCAAACAGAGCUGAGAGAGGCGACGUCAGAGGCCGCUAAGUUAUGGAGAGUGACAAUUUUCCGCAGCGCGCCAAUUAAUAAUAAAAAGAAAAUCAAAUGCAUGGAGAAAAGCGAAUUCGAUAUCGAAUUCGGCAACCGUGAGCACGUAAACGUAAGAAUCAAAACAAGCUAACGAUUUGUAGCAAUAAUAAUAAUAAUAAUAAUAAUAAUAAUAACAGCAGCAGUUUACACACACACACUACACUCACACACACACACACACCUACACUCACACACACUACACUCACACACACACCUACACUCACACACACACAUACUACACUCACACACACACAGAGGCAUACAUUAGAAUACAAAAUAACAACAAUAACAAUAACGUGCGCAAUGGCAGCAGUAGUCGCCGCCUCAGUCAACGGCGGCAGCGGCAGUGGCAGCGGCAGCGGCAGCGGCUGCGUCGCAAUUAUGACAGCAGCGGUCGGCGAUGCGGAAUCAAACGACGUCAAUGGAGCAGCCAAUGGCAGGGAGGCGCGUAAUCUGGCGGAGAAGCAGCGUCGAGAUAAACUGAAUGCCAGCAUACAGGAGCUGGCGACAAUGGUGCCACAUGCCGCCGAGUCCACGCGGCGUCUGGACAAAACCGCCGUGCUGCGGUUCGCGACACACGGACUGCGGCUGGAGUACGUCUUUGGCAAGUCGGCGACACGACGCCGUCGAAAGCUCAAUCUCAAGCUACCCAAUGGAGGAGGCAGUAACAGUAAUAGUAAUAGUAGCAGUAGCAGUAUCAUUGCUAAUGAUACGCCACAAUUGACGGAUACGUUGAUGCAGCUACUCGACAGCUUUCUAAUCACGCUCACCUGCAAUGGACAGAUUGUGCUCGUCUCCGGCAGCGUGGAGCAGCUGCUCGGCCAUUGUCAGUCGGAUUUGUAUGGACAGAAUCUGUUGCAGAUAACGCAUCCGGAUGAUCAGGCGCUGUUGCGGCAACAGCUCAUACCACGUGACAUUGAGACGCUUUUCUAUCAGCAGCGACGGCAACAUAAGUCGCAGUCAACGUCCGCCAGCGAUGAAGAUGAUGAUGAUGACUUGGAGCAUCAUCAUCAGCAGGAUGAACUUGAGCAUCAUCAUGAGCAUCAUGAGGAUCGCACUCGGAGUCGCACUCCCAGCCCAGAGACCAUCGCCCAUCUGUCGGCCAUCGAUGAGCGUCUGCGCGCCGAUCGACGCUGCUUCACAGUUCGCUUGGCGCGCGCGUCGACGCGGGCAGAGGCGACGCGUCAUUAUGAAUGGGCGAAAAUCGAUGGCUGCUUUCGACGCAGCGACUCGUCGGUAACGGGUGGCGCCGCUGCCAAUUAUCCAAUCGUAUCGCAGCUGAUAAGACGUUCGCGUAAUAAUAAUAUUUUGGCUGCUGCUACUGCGGCAGCUGCGUCGGCAGCGACAGCGACAGCGACGCUACCGCCACCUUGCCUGCCUCAACAUGAUGCCAUCGCGCAGGCAGCGCUGCACGGCAUCAGCGGCAACGACAUCGUCCUCGUGGCCAUGGUCCGCAUCAUGCGGGAAAGCUCCACCAACCUGAGCCUCAUGUGCCGUCAGCCGGAGCCGUAUCAGCUGGAAUACCGCACACGGCAUCUCAUCGACGGCAGCAUCAUUGACUGUGAUCAGCGCAUUGGCAUCGUUGCCGGCUACAUGAAGGAUGAGGUGCGCAACCUGAGCCCGUUCAGCUUUAUGCACCUGGACGAUGUACGCUGGGUGAUUGUGGCAUUGCGGCAGAUGUACGAUUGCAAUAGCGAUUACGGCGAGAGCUGUUAUCGCUUGCUAUCUCGAAAUGGACACUUUAUUUACCUGCAAUCGAAGGGAUUCCUUGAGAUUGACAAGAGCAGCAACAAGGUGCAUUCAUUUCUCUGUGUCAACACAUUGCUGGACGAGGAGGCGGGCAAACAGAAGGUGCAGGAGAUGAAGAACAAAUUCUCGACGAUCAUUAAAGCUGAUAUACCCACACACACCAGUCCCGAUUUGCCCGCCUCAAGAGCGCCACAGCAGCUGGAGAGGAUUGUGCUAUAUCUCAUUGAGAAUCUGCAAAAGACGGCGAAUGGAAAUGGGCAUGGAAAUGGGAGUGUGCAUGGCAUAGAUGAUGUCAACAUGGAUGCCAUGGAUGAUGGUUGUUGCAGCUCACCCGCCUCCUCCAGCAACACGGCCUUGACGCUGGAGGAGCAGGCGCCAUCGCCAGCUCAAUUGGCGCUGGUGCCGCCAGCUCCUAAUCAUGUCAAGCAUUCAAUAUCGAAAUCGGUGAAUGUGGUGAAUGUAACAUCGGCCCGCAAUUUACAGUACCAACAACAGCAGCAGCAGCAGCAGCAGCAGCAACAGAAGCUACAACAACAGCAACGCAGUGUUGCAACGGGCGUCAUACGUCAAGUGAGCUGUUGCCUCAGUGAGAGCUCCACAUUGUCGCCGGCGAGUGCGUGCAGCCUGGAGCUGCCGGAUGAGGCCAGCAGCAAUGCAUCCCCGCCACCAGCAACAGUUGCAACAGCAACAGCAACUACUCCAAGAGUCAGCGUGCUGCAAAGAUUAAUGACAACGCCAACAAAGUCAGCAGCGGGUGGAGCAGCAGCGGGCGGUGUCACAAAUGUUGUGGGAGUGGCAGCGGAAGCUGGAGCAACUGCAGCAGCAUCGCCAACGCAAUUGCAUGCCGCACUGUCGAAUACGUUGCGCAGUCUGGACACCAAACUGCUUAGCAUGGGACAGGAGGCACAAACGCUCUACCAGCAGCAACAGCAGCAGCGCAAGACAUUGCUGCCCAAGCUGGAGCAGCAGAUGGACGCCUUUAUGCUGGAGCAUCAGAUGCAGAAGCAGCUGCUGGUCAACAUCAAAAGCGAAUACGAUGCGGCAACGACAUCGCCAGCAUCGACGCCGGUUUCAGUGAUAACCAAACAGGCGACAGACAACGUCCAGUGAGAGAGAACGGCGGAGAGCGACAGAGUGAGAGAGAGCAGCAGCAGCAACAACAAGUGUGAUUUCUGGUUGCCAGUGUUGGAAAACGGCGUACGCUUAUCGCCAACGUUUUUGCCUUUCGGAUUAGCUACAAUCUUUAUACUUAUAUACAUACAUAUAUAUUUAUUUAAAUCGAAAAAGAAAUAGCUCAGUAUUCAGUGCACGGCUGAAGCUUUGCCCUCCCCUUCCUCCUUUUUCCACCUUCCCACCUUGUCCCCUAGCACCUUCCUGCAUCCAAAAUUUACCAACACUACGCAAAACAAAACAAAACCAACAACAACAACACUUGAUACCCAGUGCAAACAGAGUACAAAAGAAAAUCAUAUAUAUAUAUAUAUUGUUUUAAGUACAGCUACUCAUUAACUUUUAACAGAUUUUAAACACCGCAAAUGCAAGCUAGAUAGAAAGAGAGAAAUAGCGAGAAGAAAAGAAAGAGUGAGAGCGAUAGAGAGAUUUUAGUUUUAUAAAUCAUUGGACAACACUGCAGCAGUCAAGUUAAAAACUAAACAAUAUUUCAAAUAAUAUAACCAAAACCGAAACGUUAAACAUUUUUCCAAAAAAUACCAAAAUUGAAGUAAGGUUUAUCGCGAUUAAAUACAUACACUCCACAUUUAUUCGUACACUCGUAAUUUUACAUCAAUUUUCUGCAUAUAAAAAAGUUAAAAAGUACCGCAACCGAUAGAACAAAAAGUAAAAUAAACAAAAUAUAGAAACUUUUACCGAAAUACUCUUUUUGAAACGUUUCGGUAAAUAAUAAUAUCCACUUGCAAUGUUUAUGCCUCACACAAACACGAUUAAUUAAUACUCAAUUAAAUACAUAAACAAUAUAUGUAUAGCUCUAAUUUUAGAAGGGGAAAUGUGAGAAACCCUAUCACCACCAACACCCCCCACCCCCUCUCUCCACAAAAAGAAA